UUUUCUCAAGAUCUCAAGAAAUUUUCUAUACAUUCAAAUGGAUCCAAGACGUCCUGUGCCCCAUUGACUCCGUUAUCCCACUUGCAGGUUCCACUUCUGUAGCAGAUUAUAAUAUUGUGGGGAAUAAUAGAAAAAAAAAAACGAUAUAGUGUAGCUUAAACUUGGGGAAGUUGAAGAUCAGAGAAGGUGGGACUUGGGAGAGUGAUCAGUGGUGACUCAGAGAGGAGUGUAGCAUGGAAGAAGAAGAAGGAGGAGGUCCGAUGACCUUCUGUGUUACCGGAGCAACUGGUUAUAUUGGAUCAUGGCUGGUCAGGUCUCUCCUUCACAGAGGCUACUUCGUCCACGCCACUGCUCGAGAUCCAGAAAAAGUUUCUCCUCUCUUGUCAUCAUGGAAUGGUGGUAAGCGAUUGAAAGUGUUCAGAGCUGAUUUUCAAGAAGAAGGUAGCUUUGAUGAAGCUGUACAAGGCUGCCAUGGUGUAUAUCAUGUGGCAGCCCCUAUGGAGUUUGGUGUGCCAGCCAACGAGGAUAUUGAGAGUUAUGUUGAAACGAAAUUACUCAAACCUGCAAUCAAAGGAACCUUAAACCUUCUUCAAGCAUGCUCAAGAGCAAAAUCUGUUAAAAGGGUCAUUUUCACCUCCUCCAUCAGUACUAUCACAGCCAAAGAUGAUGCUGGAAGAUGGAAAUCCACAGUGGAUGAGUCUUGCCAAAGCUCUAUUGAUCAUGUCUGGAAUAUGAAGGCCAGUGGAUGGGUCUAUGUCCUCUCAAAGCUUCAAUCAGAGGAAGCAGCAUUGAAAUUUGCAAAUGAAAAUGGUAUUGAUCUUGUUUCAAUAUUACCUCCCACAGUGGCUGGUCCAUUCUUCACUUCAACAGUUCCAGUUAGUGUUCAAGUUCUCUUGUCACCUAUCACAGGUGACCCUGUUCUAUACCCAAUAUUAUCUGCUGUCCAUUCCAGAUUGGGAUCGAUUUCGGUUGUUCAUAUUGAAGAUAUAUGCAAUGCCCACAUAUUCCUGAUGGAGCAACCUGCGGCGAAAGGACGAUAUAUUUGUUCUGCACACAGUUGUGUUAUGUCCAAGUUGGUAGAUCAUCUUGCUCUAGAGUGUCCUUGGCUAAAUAUAACAAGGUCAUGUGAGGUAGAUAAUGGUUUGAUCCCUUCAGAGAUUUCUUCCAAGAAGUUAACAAGUUUGGGUUUUGAAUUCAAGCACAAUCUAGAAGAGAUAAUCCAGCAUAGUGUGAGUAGUUGUGUAGAGUAUGGAUUUAUAAGUCAACCUGGCUAUAAUGAUGGUUGUCCUUAAGAUGUCAAAAUGAACCUCAAUAAACAGAGCUCCAUUGCAGCCUACAGAUAAGUAUAGAUGAUAAUGAAGUUGGAAAUUGAUUCAUUGUUCAUUCUUCAAUGAAUAACAUCACAACUUGCAAAGGAAAAGGGAGUUCAGAAUUUAUGAAUAGAGUGUGACUUGCUAUUUGGUGGCUAUGUCUUUUUAUUUGUAAUUUACCAUUGUAGUAUUUAUAUAUAAGUAUUUACUUUAUAUAAUAAAAUAGGAAGUUUCAAUAUUGUAACA